AUGGUUGCCAAAAAAAAAGACGUUAAAGUUACUCUUAAAAAGAAACCCAUGAAGAGCACUGGAAAAUUAGCCAAAAUUAAGUCUGCAAAAGUUAAGGGAGGUGUAUCAAAUAAACAAAAGUUGAAGUCAAAAAAAUUAAUUAACAAGAAAGCUAAAGUAGUUAAAACCAAAAAAGAAUUACCAAGCAAAAAAAAAAUGAUGAAAAAAGCCCUCACAAAAAAAACCAUCAAAAAGAAAAAAUGA